UCCAGCUUCAGUGUACCAUCAUCUACACAAAGAGAAAACAGGCCCAGGCGGUAACUCUAACGGUGGCUCAGGCUUUCAGAGUGGCAUUUGAGUUCUGGCAGGCUUCCAAAGAAGAGAAGGAGAAGCGAGUGAAGUCUGGUUCUGACGGGGAAGCAGUCAGUAACUCCCAGUCGGAGAGCUUGGCCAGCCUGGGCAGCUUGAAGGGAGGAGAAGCAGCCACGGGGAAACUUCUGGAUUUGGCAGAGGGAGUCAAUAUGGCGCUGGUCCACUCAGGAACAAAAGAGACUGAAUCGGAUCCCUUUAUGGUGCAUAAUCACUCAACAGAGAACAACAAUACUGUAUGGGAGCUGGACGAUGGCCUGGACGAGGCGUUCUCAAGACUCGCCGAGGCUCGCACUAACCCCCAGGUCCUGGACAUUGGGGUGAACCCUCAAGACUUCAACACUGAAGAGUGCCUGUCCCCAGACAAAUGGGACGAAGCAGAGCUGGACUUCAGUGCACAUAAAGACACGCCUGAGUUCUAACAUGAAGCCAGCCACCAGCGAGGGACGGAGAAGACUGGAGGGUUGAAAUGUGGACAAACGGCAGAAUCCUGGGACCGGUUGGGUUUUGAACCAUCACCACCUUCUCCUCCCUGCUGCCAAGUCCUUCCAGUGGUGCAGCCUGGUGGCUAUUAUGUUCUGAAUCUGUCGACGCAGAGACGAUCAACAAGAGCGGGCUGCUCCCAGAACAGGCCAAAGCAAUGUCAUUGUGUUUGAGGGAAACCACAUGGUUGUUCCAGUGUGUUACUCCAUUAAUGUCUGUUUAACCACUCGCCGUCAUGUGUUAAUUCUGUGUGAGCAUCAACGUUUUCAGGUGUGUGUAUUUGUGUUUCAAGGCUUCAGCUAAACUGAGCAAAGAAAGAAAAAAGCUUUACAAAAAUUGUCUGUGCACUAAUGGAAGAAUGGAUGUAAAAAAUAAAAAUGUAACAAAAUAAUCUUUAUUUUUUUUCCCCCUAAUGCAAAAUCUAUUUUUGCACUCUGUUCUUCUUUAAAAGCACAGUUCUUGUGAUGGAAUUUGUCACUAACCACCGGUGGUUAUUAAUGCUGAUAUUCAGUGCCUCAAAUUACUUUUGGGACUUAUUAGUAGUUUGUUUUAUAACUUUAUAAUCCUUAAGGUGUAAUUGAGCUGGGAAUUUCACAUUUGGUUUAAUGUGUUUUUUGGGGGGGGGGCGGGGGGGCAGUUUGUUAUAGUACAUAAAUAUUAACCUUGUAUAAAUGUGUACUAGAUGAGCAUUCUUAUCGGGGUCUAAGAAAUUUCACGCCAUAAUAGUCUUUGUGGGGUAUAUGUGUACAUCAGGUUCUGUCAUGGUUAGUGGAAUAUUUUGUUGUUUUUUUUUUUUUUUUUUUCCCUAUUUCAAAAAGAUUUUACAACUCAAAAUUCACAUUGAAAUUCUGCUACUUUCAAUACAUUUUUGCAGAUCAUUUUUCCUUUGAAUUCAGUAUUUGAAGUUACGAAAGUUACACUUUAAGAUGCAUUUGACAAACAAUCACUUGUCAUUUUUACGCACUGGUAAAGCUAUUAAAACACUUGGUUUCGUUAAUUUAACGUGGGUUUCCGAGUAGUCAGAAAUCAGCUUCAGUGUUCUUCACAAUAAUAUGUUAUAAUAAUAUGUUAAUAUAUAUUAUUAAAAUAAUGUGACGGUUAUUGGUGUGUAUCCCAGCUGCAUAUAGAGUACUCAUCUCUGUUUUUGAAGUUUUUUUAUUUGGGGGGUGGGGGGAACGCUUCCACUGUUAAAUUAUAUUGUUACAAAAAAGCAUGUUUCUUUUCCCCACUUUGUUCCUAGUGGGGUUUAUUUCUGCCAUUUUGUUCAUGUAUUAAUUUAAUUCAUUAAUUUCAAUAAAUUUCAAUAAAAGCAGAAUUGAUUGUUUAUUCCUAAA